UUAAAUUCAGUAAGACUCCUGCUUCACUGCCCACCACGCUUUCCCUUUCCCUUAAUUCCAAUUUCCAAAUCAAAACCAAUCCACUCUCUCACUUUCAUUUCCCGAUUUAGAUCACCGACAACUGCUUCAAGUUGGGGAUCAUCAAAAUUCCUGGCAAAAAGAGUGGUGGUUGAAUUGUUUGUCUACUGUCCUUGAAGCAAACGGGACCGGUAGGAGUUGUGAAAGAUGAGGCGGAGAGGAUUAGAUUUAAGGAGGCCGGUGCGGAGGAGGCUUUCCAAUGUGGUGUGGUGGAUAAUGUGCGGGAUUGUGGUGUUAGUCUUCUUCAUAUUGAUUUUGACCAAGGAGGCUCAGAUUGAUUCUAGACCCUCUCUUUCUAAGAGACCUUAUCAUUAUGACAGAAUUUUGGAAGGCCUAAACAUCACCGAUGAAAUGUUAAGCCCCAACUCCGUCACAAGGCAACUUACCGACCAAAUUUCUAUUGCAAAGGCACUUGUUGUGAUAGCAAAAGAAAGCAACAAUCUCCAAUAUGCUUGGGAAUUAAGUGCCCAGAUCCGUAAUUCACAGACCCUUCUGUCAAAUGCUGCGACUAGGCGAACUCCUUUGAUAGUUGGAGAAUCAGAGACUGCAGUUCGUGAUAUGGCACUUUUGCUAUACCAGGCCCAGCAACUCCACUAUGAUAGUGCAACGAUGAUUAUGAGAUUGAAAGCCAAAAUCCAAGCUCUUGAAGAACAGAUGAGUUCAGUGAGUGAGAAAAGUUCAAAAUAUGGGCAAAUAGCCGCUGAAGAAGUCCCCAAAACUCUAUACUGUCUCGGUGUUCGGUUGACUACUGAAUAUUUUGGAAACCCAAAUUUACAAAGGAAACUGAAGGAAAGAAAGCAAUUGGAUGCAAAACUUAGAGAUAACAGUCUGUAUCAUUUCUGUGUCUUCUCUGAUAACAUCCUUGCCAGUUCUGUGGUGGUUAACUCAACAGCUUUAAAUUACAAAAAUCCUUAUGAGGUUGUCUUUCAUCUUGUAACCGAUGAAAUAAACUAUGCUGCAAUGAAGGCUUGGUUUGCCAUGAACAGUUUCUGGGGAGCGACGGUUGAGGUUCAGAAGUUUGAUGACUUCAAGUGGCUGAAUGCUUCUUAUGUUCCAGUUCUUAAGCAGCUCCAAGAUGCUGAGACUCAGAGUUACUAUUUUUCUGGGCAUAAUGAUGGCCGGAUUCCAAUCAAGUUCCAAAAUCCUAAGUACCUAUCAAUGCUUAACCAUUUGCGGUUUUACAUUCCUGAAGUUUUCCCAGCUCUGAAGAAGGUGGUAUUUCUCGAUGAUGACAUUGUGGUUCAGAAGGAUUUGUCUGGUCUAUUUUCCAUUGAUUUGAAUGGCAAUGUCAACGGAGCAGUUGAGACAUGCAUGGAGACAUUUCACAGAUACCAUAAAUAUCUAAAUUACUCUCACCCUCUUAUAAGAGCUCAUUUUGAUCCCGAUGCAUGUGGUUGGGCAUUUGGGAUGAAUGUUUUCGAUUUGGUUGAGUGGAGGAAGAGGAACGUGACUGGCAUCUACCACUAUUGGCAAGAAAGGAAUGUGGACAGGACAUUAUGGAAACUUGGGACACUGCCACCCGGAUUGCUGACAUUCUAUGGAUUGACGGAGGCAUUGGACCCGUCGUGGCAUGUUCUGGGGUUGGGCUAUACAAAUGUCGAUCCCAAGCUGCUAGAGAAAGGGGUUGUGCUACACUUCAAUGGGAAUUCAAAGCCAUGGUUGAAAAUUGGGAUAGAGAAAUACAAGCCCCUCUGGGAGAAGUAUGUUGAUUAUACACAUCCUCUAUUGCAGCAGUGCAAUUUUUAUUGAUAAAUUGCCAUCGAGUAUUCCACGACCAGAGUUCACUGCCUUGGAAGCUUCUAAUUUUGAGGUGAAGUAUGCUUGUACUAUUCUAAAAGAGGUCAGGCAUUGCUGGUAGCUGUAACAUGGUAUUUAAUUCAUUUCAACUAGCUCCUUGUAGUAUAAGAUUGUUCAUUCAUAUCAAUCAAUUAUUUAAACGUCCUUCAUGA